AUGGAGCUCCUAAGGUCGACCUUCGCAGAUCUGUCCUGCGCUGUUUCAAUGAUGCCCCGGGUUGUGCGAGAUCGCAAGGAGGCAGAGCUUAUCAUGCACGUGCAGCAGGGGAUUCAGACGCUGGCGAUGAUCGAGGAGAAGUUGGAGGCGAUCUUUGCGCAGAGAAACGUGAUGAGCAGGACGUUGGAGAUUCUUGUCCUUGAGCGCCAAUGCCUUUUGCUACUUGAGAAGCAUUCUGCCGUGAGGAAAGGAAUCAAACUGAGCUCGCAGGAGAUGGAAAAGUAUGCGUUCUUGAAUGAAAGGUUGGCGUUGGAACUGAACUUCUUUGUUCGAUCUGCUGCCGAGGACAAGAUGUGCAUGUCAAUCAUUGAGAAGCGGAUCUCGCAGACAGUCCAGCAGUUUGUGCAGUCGGUGGACAACUCUUAUGAGAGCGAGGAGGCAACAGGAGGAAGCAAACGGGAGAAUGUUGCUAACGAGGAUGGUGGCGAAACAGGAAAGAAUGCGGACGCCAAGAGGACGUUUCUCUUCUCGAUGUUUCAUCAGCAGGGAUGGCAGGAAGUCAAAAGAUUGCGCAGGCAACAAGCGUAA